CCUGUUUAGGAAAUACAAUUUAUUCGCUUAGUCCUAGUACUUCCAAUAAUUGUUGGUUCGAUUUAAUUGUCCCUUUUAUACCAGUCAUCCCCCUUUGACUUGUCCUGAACUCGUAAAUACAAUUCAUAGUGAUGCCUUAUUCUACUGACAACGCAAAGUGGAAAGCUUAUCAAUUUUCAGACCCCUUUGCUGCUGGGGCCUUUAUUGUUUGCAAUAAGAUUUCUCAAACUUUCUGUCGUCCUGAUUGUGAUGGUAGAAGAAUUACCAACCUCAAGGCGGAGAUUAAGUUUGUUGACCAAGCUUCAACUGCUCUUGCUUAUGGUUACUCUCCUUGCUCAUCUUGUGACCCCAUGAACCCUCCUUCUAUUGACACUAAUCUUUUGAUUCAUUGUGUCACUUCUGUCAACAAGAAGAUUGGAUUUAUGUCACCCCUCAUGGAUGAAAAUGAGGAUAAGAAUAAUGAAAGAAUUAAGGAGAACAUUUUAGGGUCAAGAAAGGCUCCAAAACAACAACAACCACCACAAGUGGUUAGUAAGGCUGCUGGUAGACGUGCCUCUGUUCCAGUGGUGAAUUUUGAGGGUAAAUAUUCGAAGGAUUUUGAAAAUGCUUCGCUUUCCAAGAAUGACUCUGAUCACUAUAGAUUGGUUGAUUUAGCUUGUCGUCACUUGGCACUUGCCGCUGCUGUGAAUGUAUAUCUGCUGAAGUAUCCAAAGAUGAGUACAGCCUCUCCUGAGGAUACCAGUGCUGCUACUGGUGGAUCAUCUCCAGGGAAGAAGAGAAGAAGAAGAGGUGGUGUUUUGGGAUUCAAAGAACUUGCUGCCAAAUCCAAAUUAUCUGCUUGGCACUUUCAUAGAGUGUUUAAGUCUGUCACUAGUUAUACUCCCAAGACUUACGGUGACAAGUGUGCUGAAUUUCUCAAGCAUGCCCAAGAAAAGAAUGAAACUGGUUAUUCCAGCACCUUGAGCUCUGCAUACGAAACUCCCGUAUCACAAGACUCUGCCACUUCACAUCCAUCCACCCCAGCUGAAGUUUCUUUAACCAAUAACAAGAGACUGAGACUGGAUAAUGAUUUUGAUUCCCCAAUGAUGCCUCCUUCCAAGAGGGGUCCUACUUCUAUCAAGCAACAACAACCACCACUAGCUGCCAUUUUAUUCAACCAACAAUCGUUUAAUAAUACUCAACCUCCUACUGCCACCGAUCCAUUGGACCUUGGUUUCCAAGUUCCAAUCAAGAAUGAAUUUGACAUUACCUACAACAACAACAACAAUAACAACAUUGCUAAGCCAACCACCACCACAUACUCAUCAGAAACUGAAGGGACCUCUUCCUUGGAAUUUGAAGACAUUCUUGACAAUAACAUGUUGAACAUGUAUUUCAAUAAUGCUGACCAACGCGGUACUUCAGAGCCAAAUAUGAGUCCAUAUGACUCUACUGGUGCUGCUACCUUUCUUCCAACUAUGGCCCCACCAACACAAAAUCUCUUUGCACCAGAGUUUGAUUUUGAUGGCCCAUCAUCGCUUACAAAUUCUUCAUCUCUUGCAAGCAUGGAUGCAUUUAGUACAUUGGAUACUACAUUUCCUAUGAAUACUGUGAAUGCGCCUGUACUUGGCUCUGAUUUCAAUUUCUAUGAUGGAACCAACAAUGAAGUGGUAGACCCUUCUUCUAUGUUUAAAACUCAUUGGAAUGCUGGCUAUUCUGAUGAAAACCCACAAAUUGUCAAUUUGGGACUUUGAUGAACUUUUAGGAUCUUAUUGUGUAUAGAGAGAUUCUUUAAUAAUAAUUUUUACAACUUUAA